AUGCAGCUGCUCAUCCUGUCCAUCUUCUGCCUGCUGGGCUCCUGCUGCCUCCAGGUCACCGAGGCACGGGAAUAUGAGUCCGUCCUCACAGUGCCCAACGGAGGCACCUGGGGCACUUGGGGGCACCAGCAGUUUUGCCCCAGAGGCUAUGCUAAGGGAUUUGAAGUGAAGGUGGAGCCCUACCAGGGAUUCUGGCUGUUUGGUGAUGACACAGCUCUGAACGGCAUCCGUUUGCUCUGCACGGACGGUACAGUCAUCGAGUCCUCUGUGGGACGGUGGGGAAACUGGACCAAGGCCCAGCUCUGCCCCAGCAACAACCUGGUUUCCUUCUCACUGCGUGUGGAAGAGAAGCAGCACCUGCGUGAUGACACAGCAGCCAACAAUGUGAGGUUCACCUGCUCUGACGGGACAAAACUGGAAGGCUGGGGACUUUCGGGUGGUCACUUUGGCCCAUGGAGCGGCAGCUGCACCUCUGGGGCCAUCUGUGGGCUCCAGACGAAAGUGGAGGAACCCCAGGGAAUUUGGGAUGACACAGCUCUCAAUGACAUAAGAGUCUUCUGCUGUGAAUGA